CCUUCGUUUGUUUUGGAGCCAUCUAUAUACCAUAUCACUGUAUCUGAGGAAUGUGGUUUUUUUACGUUUUAAACUUUCCCCAGAAAAUACAGUUCUUUGUCGGUGUUGAAGUGUUUUGUAGAUACGUGGAUGAAUAUCUCGAGUGGUUAUCACCGAGGAGAAUUAUACAGAAUACUCCAUUGUUUAAUACGAUGUUGCUUUCAAGGAGAAGGCAAGGCUCGAAAAGGUCGAGAGGCGACGGUAUUUUCAGAGUCAAUUGUCUGUACGUCGAGAUCAAGGAUGUCGAGUGGGUCGGCGGCCCUUUUGUGUUUGUGUCGCGCCUAUCCGAAGUCCCGGAGCCUGUCUCCACUCUUGUAAUUAGUCAGGGAUGUGUUCUGCUCGAACACGUGUUCGACCGUCUCCCGGGAUUUUGCCAAAGGCAAAAACUUGUGGAAACCACCGGCUGAGACCAUGUGAGCCGCCCGUAACGGAACCCGUUUCCUGCAAUCAGGGCAUUCCGACGCAUUAGCCGACACAUAUGAAAUGGGAAAAUUAAAUUAUUACCCACUAAACGACCCCUUAUUCUAUACUAUAUAUAGUUGUAAAUGCGCUCUUUUCCUCAUAAAAUAACAGGGACCACCGAAAGGUUUAAUUGUUCUCCGGUUUAAUUUGUAAGUGUGAACACGGUUAUUAACUGGAACAAUGCUUAUGUGAGAGCCUUUAAAUGGUUGAAAAAAGGACGACCUCGACUAUUUGUACUUAGUACCAAUCUGAUUAAAUGUCUUUGAAGUAGAGUUUUGGUUUUUUUACUAAAUUACAGAAUUAUGCUAAUCUGUACGCCCGGAAACAAGUCCUUUAAAACUAACUGGAUAAUUUCGUAGUAGGGGUCAGAAAUCAUCAUAAGAUCGUUAAAUUCACUUUAAUCUGAUUUAAAUCAAAUCUUUUGCAGUUCUAAUGGCGUCAACUUACGCAAAAACGCACUUCAAAAGACAUAAAUUAAAAA